GGGAACCGAACAUACAACUUUUAAUGAUCUAUUAUCUUCAAAUAUCUCGCGAGAAUAGACUGGUAACAGGAAGUUGUUGCAAAUGGCUAGAGGAAUUAUCAUAGACACGCGUACUAGAACUGGCUCUCGAGUCUAAAGGAUCAUGAAGAUGGAAAUCUGCUCAGACCUUUGGUUACUUUACGUCUCUUGGGAAGUGGCAGAUCACUUAUUUAGGACCAAUCAAUUAUAACAUAAAUUUUAGGAUUGAUUUGGCAUGCAGAAUAGCAUUCUAUUGAACUGAAAAUCAACUGAAACUUAAUAGAAAUAGAACCACAGAUUGAACAAUCUUAUCAUGUAGGCCUUAUAACCAGCAUAAACUGUUAGGGUUAGAAUUUGGCAUUUUCAGUUCUCCACAUAUAAAAGAAUGUUAGUAAAUAUUUGCAGAUAAACUUAAAAACUAUGAGCCAAAAACAGAAUUUCAGCAGGUAGCAGUUCUAACAAUCCUCGUGGAGAUGUGUCUUACAUCCGUGCAACUCCUACAGGACAUCUUGCUCCUGUGUCUCCAUCUCCAGUUCGUGACAAGAAUUCGUUAAGUCAUCCUCACACUCAGCUGCCUGUUGGUCACAUAGGGGUCAUGGCAGUGAGAAAUGCCGAUCCUGUGAAUGUUGGCAUUAGUGAAAGAGAAGAACUUCUGAUGAGAGAGCUGGAAGAAGCAAGAGUGCGAGUUGCACAAAUGGAAAAAACAAUGCGGUGGUGGUCUGACUGUACUGCUAAUUGGCGUGAUAAGUGGAACAAGGCUAGAAAUGAACGUAAUAAAGCUCGAGAGGAAAACAGAAUGUUGCGAGCUCGUUUAGAUGCUCUUGUUAAAGAGUGCACAAGUCUUAAGCGAGCUCAGAGAGAAAAACUUUCAGCAGAAAUAGAAAUUCCUAUUAAAUCGCCUUUAGCAGACAGCAGUAAGGACCAGCUGAAUGAAAGUGUAGAGCAUGGUAAAAAUGAAUCAAAGGACAGCGUUUCUUCAGAUGUAUUAAUUGCCAAAGCAGAGAAAGAAAAAAGCGAAAAAGAUGUAGAAGAGAAGGAUACAGACGAGUUAGAUUCUGUGAGCUUAGAAGAAAGACUCAGGAAGAAAUCAGAUGAUGGAGCAGGAAGACAGCAAGAUCUGGUUGCAAAGUUAGAUGUGCACUAUGAAGAAGCUGAUGAAAAUGCCAAUUCCAGCAGACCAAGUAGUGAGGCAUUGUCAUUUGAGCAAGCCAGCCAACUGCAACUUCAGUUAGAUGAAGCACAGAAGACAAUCCAGUCACAAAAGUAUGAGAAAGAUACACUAUCAAGGACCAUUGAACAGCUGGAAGGAGAGUUGUCCUCAUUGCGUGUUAAGUGUGAUGAAAUCAAGCAGUCCAAACAGGAACUACUGCAGCAGAAGCCAGAUGACAAACAUAAAGUGGAAGAUACAACGCUAACAAAAUUACGAGAGGAUCAUGAAAAUGAGAUGGGGCGAUUGACACUUGACCUUGAAGAUGAGAGUUUAAGAACAUCCUCAAUGGAUCGACGUUUGACAGAACUGAGAAGGGAGUUGGAGAGGUUGCAGGCUGAGAAUGCUGCUGAAUGGGGCAAACGCGAACGUUUAGAGUCAGAAAAGCAGUCAUUAGAACGUGAAAAUCGCAAACUUCGCAGUGCUGUGGCAGAUCUGGAAGAGCAGCUGCAACGCAAACAUCAGCAAGCUGCAGCAAGUGUGGAUGGAGAUUUGCGUGCCCUGCAGUUUGAUCUUGCUGAGAAAAACAAGGAGCUGACAGAGUUACGUCACACUCACAGCAAGCUGCGUAAGACCUUAGGUGAGCGCAUCACAGAACUAGAACAUACACGUCGUCGAGCAGACCAGUAUGAAGCUGAGGUCAAGAAACUCCGGGGACGUGUAGAGGAGCUAAAGAGAGAUCUUGCCACUGCAGAAGAUGAGAUUGAUGUGCAAGCUAACAUGUCAAGACGACUUCAGCGUACCAAUGAUGAACUUCAAGAACAAGUGGACAAUCUUACAGUGCAAGUUGAUCACCUUGAGAAUAGGUUGCGCCGUGGAAGCCAAUCCAUUCCAAAGACACGCAGCUCAAGUCUGAAAUCAUUUACUAUGGAAGACUCAGCUGAGCUUGCAGACAGUGAAGAUGAUAUAGAGGAAACAUAAAAAGGGUAUGGAAUAGUUUAAACAGUUAAAGUCAUAAAGCAUGUGCAAUGUCGAAUGUGACUGCUCAGGGAGUUUGCCACCGUUUCCUUUUUAAACUCGCAGUGAGGCUGUCCUUUGUGAACUUACUCCUGGUUACACUGGUGUACAUUGUUGCCACUUGCUCAUCACUUCCCAUUAUUUGAGUGUCAUGUUAAAAAUAUUUUUAAUUGUAUAUGGAUAUAUGGUAAUAUAUAUAAUUAAGUAGGUUCAGUGAGGUGUUGGGCUGUUUUUGUCUUAAGAUGUUAACAUUCACACAAACAAAACAAGAAGGAAUAUAAGAUCAGUGUGGAUCACUGAAAACUUAGGUUCACAUUGCGUGGAAAUUAAGGUAAAGUUAACAAUAUAAAAAACAUUUUAAUCUUUUAUUUACAUGCCUAGUAAAAUAAUGGUAUAACAUUUUGCUUUAAGGAUAGGAGUGCUAAGUGAGGAAGUGUUUAAAAAUAGUAGUCACUACGAAUUUUACGAUCACAGCACCUGUAUAGAAAGAAAUAUGAAGAUAAGACUUUAAGACUUACUUGAUUUUUAUUUUUUUCGGGAAAGGUGGGGGGGGGGGAUUGGAAAUUACUCCCAAACACCAGACUUUGCUGUAGUAAAGAUUGUUACACUUUGCUGGCUGUAACCAGCCAACUACUGGUUUAAUCUUCAGUAGCCAAUGUUCUCAGUGAAACCAACAAAGUAUGGUUCUCUCUCAUCUUCUGAUAAGUGUAUGGAGUGGAGUUUUGCCUGCUAUGACUGACUAACCUUAAGUUUAGUGUUGAUAUUUGUUCUGGUUAAAAGUAAUCUCCAAAUUUAUCAUAUCAUUUUUGUAUUUUGGAUGAGUAAUGACUAUCUUUACUCACUUUUUAAUCACAAGGUGGUCCAGUCAAGAGUAAAAUUAUAUUACAUUUGUGGAUACAUUAAUGCAAUAGCUCUUCUGUCAGAUAUGGGAAAUAAUUUUCCUUUUUAAUCAAGGUUCAGUUUGAGAUUACAAUUGUAUCUGUACUGGAGAUAUUGUAGAGGUGAAAUCAGUCAAUCCUGUGAUAAUGAAUUGCUGUUAGAAAUCUCAUCUUGUGACUUCAAGAUAUUUUCUCAUAUCAGAAUCUUUCGAUUCACAUGGUAACACAUUUAACUUUUGGUUGACAUAUCAGCUUUAGUUCAAAUAUACUUUUACGGGUUUGCAAGUUCCCUCCACCUCCAACAGAAAAUAUAGAGAAUUAAGCCAUCCUUUUGUAAACAUGUAUAUUAUGUACACAGACUGCUCUGUUAUGUGUGAAUACUCAACAAGCAAGGUAUGGAGAACAGAAAAACAUGAUUUCCACUGCUGUAAGAGUAACAAGGAAAUCAGAGCAAAAUGAAUCAAAGUUCAGUUCUGCACUGAAUAAUGGUAUAGAGCUGUUUUAGGGCUGUUUAUUUAUUUAUUUUUUUUUUUUUUUGUUCAUUGUUUCUGUAGAAUGUGGCUUUGUGGGUGGAAGGAAACAGGCUAACUAAACUGCCUUGCAACUGCUUAUUGAGCAUUAAGUGUUUAUAUAUACCUUCUGUGAUCUGUGCUACUGUGGUAAAUAUUGUUAACAUGUCAUUAAAAUACAUGCUAUAUCCUGUUAAUCUUUUGUAUUGUGCAAAUUUGAUAUCUUUCCUGUUGUUGGGAGCCAGACAAGCACUUGAUGUUGUUUCUUAAUUUAAGUCAGGCCUCUUUAUUGGAUUGCUCAGUAUAUAAGAAAUGACUUCUGUGGUCUAUGGUGUCUGUUCAUUUUAAUGGCUCCAAAUGUCAUUUGUACGGUGAAAAUUGAUAUAUUUGGUUUGAGAGGAUGAAAAGAUUAAAAACAGAUAGAGACUGACUAAUGGAGUAGGCAAAAUCUUGGGUCUGGGCUUUGAAAUAAGAAACUAAAAGUUGAUUAGAAUUAUUUUUAAAUUUGCCUUUGAUAGCUAAAUGACAGCAAUAAAUCAUGUAUAACAACUAUCAGUUGUUUGCUAAGUAUCUGAUGGGCUUUUGGAAAUGUUAACACAUAUCAUACAACAUGCAUUUAUUGCGUUCUAAUCAUAUGAAGUGUCACAUUUUGUAUGUGCUUUGAAGAGGCUGUUGGGCUGUUGCUAUUUAUACAGCUGAAUGUGGUUGUGUCUUUUUUCUUUGUUUUGAACAAUCAGGUGAAAACAAUACAGAUACUGUAACUAUUAAGUACUGGAUAUUUUGUUAACAGUUUCUUUUUUCUUUUUUAAGUUCAAGUUAUUAUGCGACAGCAUCUGGUCACUGUAUAGAACAUAUAUCACAUACUGCUGUUGGCCAGUUGUCUCCCACCACAGCCAGUGUGUAUGCCGCAUGCAGUGCUGUUUUUGCAUCAUUAUCUGACAAUCUUUUUGCUGUUUGUAUAAGUUGAAUGUACAUUUUCAAAGAUGCAAUAAAAGAAACUGUGGAAUAUC